AUGACACAGGUAAAUCACAUGAAGGCUGCAUUUACUAUCAAAGACGUUGAAGGAAGUAUCCCUACUUUCACCGGUGACGAUAAAAUGACCAUCCAAAAUUGGAUUGAGGAGUUCGAAGAUACGAGCGUCCUGUUGCAAUGGAGCGAUUUACAGAAGGUAAUUUACGGAAAAAAGAUGCUUUGCGGGUCGGCGAAACAAUUCAUUGCCUUACAGCGAGGGCUGGUGUCGUGGGCAGCUCUCAAAGAUUGUCUCACUAAAGAAUUCGAAGUGGAGGUUAACAGCGCAACAAUCCACUCUCAAUUACAGAAACGUAAGCGUCAAGCCAACGAGACUCCGCGUCAAUACGUGUACGCUAUGCGAACGAUCGCGAAUCAAGGCCGUGUAGAAGACGAGGCCCUUAUCCAAUACAUUAUUGACGGCAUCCCGGAUCUCGAAGCGAACAAGCAGAUUUUGUACAACUCACGGACGAUCGACGAGAUAAAGAAGAAUCUGGAGCUCUAUGACCGCAUGCGCGAGAAGUCAGGUCGGAAGAAACCAGCAGGUAAAGCUGACGCAAAGGGCGAAUCAAGCAAAGAUGGUAAGGACGCGAAGGAAAAGAAGGACGCGAAGCAAACGACAAAGAAGGCUCAUUGUUUUGCAUGUGGAUCACCGGAUCAUGCGGUUAAGGAUUGUCCCCACAAAGACAAAGGACCGAAGUGCUUCCGAUGCGACCAGUUCGGACACGUGUCAAGUAAUUGCGAGCAACCAGACAAGACAAGCAAGAAAGACGAAAAAAUCAACCGAGUGACUGUUGACGAAGAGACCAUCGCGAUUCAAGUUAACGGUAUAGACACGCUGGCUAUACUGGAUACAGGCAGUUCCAAAACUAUUUUACGGGAAGAUGAAUACGUGAAGAUCGGCAGUCCUGCGCUAAAACCGACGGUGCGCUUAUUUAGAGGAUUUGGAAACGCGCGAAGCAAGGCGAAAGGCGUCUUUGAUGCAGAGCUGACAAUUCAAGACGAAGUUUAUCGCAACGAAGUAUAUGUCGUUCCAGUCGAAACAAUGGAUACGAGGAUGCUCAUGGGGAAAGACCUACUCAAACAGAUGGAUAUCCGUAUUCUUGGUGGACAGACAACAUUCCGGAAGAUAACGGCAAUUGAAGAUGGAACACCCGUGCACGAGGUCAAGGGCGAAGAGAGUGUGCCGGGUAACCGACCCAAAGACGAAGAUGGCGAUGAGGUCAGUGCAGAAUGGGAGCGAGGUGGUUUGUCUACAAUCAACUACGUCGAGCCCGAUGAAGUCAGUGUUCGAGGACCUUACGCAGAAGAGAUCAAGAAGCUGAUAGACGAUUACAAGCCAAUCAAGCAGGUGCGGCCUAAAGUCGAGAUGAAGAUCGUGCUGAAGGAUCAAGAACCCGUUCGUGCCAAACCACGGCGACUGUCAGUGCAAGAAAGACAGAUCCUACAGAAGCAAGUCGAUGAAUGGUUGAGGGACGGAAUCAUCAAGCCCAGUAGAAGCCCGUAUUCGAGUGCUGUGGUACUCGUGAAGAAGAAAGACGGAACUUACCGCGUCUGUAUUGAUUAUCGUCCAAUCAACAAGAAGAUUAUUCGAGGCCAGUUUCCAACACCGUUGAUUGAAGACUGUAUCGAUGAUUUGGCCUCAGCCCGAGUUUUCUCGGUGAUCGACCUGAAGAAUGGCUUCUUCCACGUCCCAGUUGCGGAAGACAGUCAGCAGUAUACGUCCUUUGUGACGCCUGACGGACAGUAUGAUUUCCUGUUUUCCCCAUUCGGUCUGUGUAACAGUCCGACCGAAUUUUUGAUAUUCAUGGAGGAAGUUUUCUAUGAACUCAUCAGGCGACGCAUUAUCCGCAAGUAUUUAGAUGACGUCGUCAUACCGGGUAGAAAUGAAGAAGAAGCAAUGUACGGACUUCGCGAAACCCUGAGAGUUGCAGCUGAAAAUGGGUUGGUGAUCAACUGGAAGAAAUGCAAGUUCCUGGAACGAGAGGUGGAGUUCCUUGGACAUAUUGUCGGAGGUGGCUGUGUUCGUCCCUCCAACGAAAAGAUCAAAGCAGUGCAGAAGUUUCCAAGGCCCAAGGGUCGAAAGGAUCUCCAAAGUUUCCUUGGUUUAACAGGCUAUUUUCGCAAGUUUGUUUUAGAUUACGCAAUUAUCGCUCGACCAUUAUCUGAUCUCCUGAAGGACAAUAAGGGGUUCGGUUUUGGAGCGGCACAAGAGGAGGCGUUUGACAGGUUGAAGGCGAUAUUGUCGAAGGAGCCCGUGCUGCGAAUCUACAAGCCGGACGCAAUCACGAAACUCCAUACGGACGCCAGCAAGCUGGGUUACGGGGCAAUUCUGCUGCAGAAGGACUCAGUAGACGACAGCUUCCAUCCAGUCUACUAUAUGAGCCGCAAGACGUCGGAUGCCGAGCAGAAGCUUCACUCGUAUGAAUUGGAAGUGCUCGCCAUCGUCAACGCGUUGAAGAAAUUCCGAGUCUACCUACAGGGUAUUAAAUUCAGGAUCGUAACGGACUGUGAUGCAUUCCGGAAGACAUUGGACAAGCGUGACCUGCCAGCCAAGGUCGCGAGAUGGGCGUUGUUCAUGGAAGAAUUCCAGUACGAG